AUGGAUGUUGACGGAGCUAUGGGAAUUCACUUGCAAGAAGAAAUAAUUAUGGAAAUUCUCAGCAGGCUACCUGUGCGGUCUCUUCUACGAUUCAAGUGUGUUCCAAAGUUUUGGAGGACACUGAUUUCCGAGCCUUACUUUAUGAUGAAGCAUCUCAAGAAUAGCCGAAAUUCCGAAAAACUUCUCGUUAGCCAGUGGUACCCUCAUAAGAAAGAGUUUUCCUUGUCUUGUUCUUCUUUAUCGUCAGUUCAACGGGUUGAGGAAGUACAAAAACUUGAUUGUCCUUCUGACAGUCGCUGCGUGUUAUACUGUUGUUAUGAUAGCUUGGAGCUUAUCGGGGUUUCUAAUUAUAGUAAUUAUGCGUACGAGAGACUUUUUCUAUGGAACCCCUCUACAAGAGAAUUAAUAGUACUUCCCCAUCCAAAAUUGAAACUUGAUUGGGACUUAUGGAUUUGGGGAUUGGGAUAUGACUCAACUAGUGAUGACUAUAAGAUCCUUAAGAUUACUGACAGAUCACAUACUGAAGUUCUCGCACUGAAAAGUGGUUCCUGA